UCAAAAUUGUAUGGAUACUACUAGUCUACUAGAUCUCGGUUGCCGUGUUGAACUAUUAAUGGAAAGAAAAACAGAGCAAUAUUAUUUUUCACUUCUAUCGAUAACCAAACGAAAAAAAACAUGGCCAUCUCUUUCCUCUGUUUUUGCCUCAUUACCCUCGCUUCGUUAAUCUUUUUCGCCAAGAAGAUUAAACACUUGAAAUGGAAUCUUCCUCCAAGCCCUCCAAAGUUUCCGGUCAUCGGAAAUUUACACCAGAUUGGAGAAUUGCCUCACAGGUCACUUCAACAUCUCGCCGAAAGAUACGGACCUGUGAUGCUUCUUCACUUUGGGUUUGUCCCUGUAACUGUGGUCUCAUCAAGAGAAGCAGCUGAAGAAGUGCUCAGAACUCAUGACCUAGACUGUUGCAGCAGGCCUAAACUUGUCGGGACAAGGUUACUCUCGCGGAAUUUUAAAGAUGUCUGUUUUACGCCAUACGGUAACGAGUGGAAGGCGCGGCGUAAGUUUGCCCUGCGUGAGCUUUUCUGUUUGAAAAAGGUUCAGUCCUUUAGGCAUAUCCGAGAGGAAGAAUGUAACUUUCUGGUCAAGCAACUGUCGGAAUCCGCGGUUAAUCGCUCUCCGGUCGAUUUGAGCAAAUCACUUUUCUGGCUAACCGCUAGUAUCUUUUUCAGAGUUGCCUUAGGACAGAAUUUUCAUGAGAGCAAUUUUAUCGAUAAAGAAAAGAUCGAAGAGCUCGUGUUCGAAGCUGAGACUGCCCUAGCAAGUUUCACUUGUUCUGAUUUCUUCCCUGUUGCCGGACUUGGAUGGCUUGUUGAUUGGUUUUCCGGACAACACAAGAGACUCAACGAUGUUUUUUACAAGCUCGAUGCUCUGUUUCAACAUGUCAUAGAUGAUCAUUUAAAUCCAGGAAGAUCAAAAGAGCACGAAGACAUCAUCGAUUCAAUGUUGGAUGCGAUUCAUAAAGAAGGAAAAGAUAGUUCCUUAGAGCUCAUAAUAGAUCAUAUUAAGGGGUUUCUCGCGAAUAUAUUUCUUGCAGGGAUAGACACAGGGGCCCUCACCAUGAUAUGGGCAAUGACGGAGCUCGUUAAAAACCCGAAACUUAUAAAGAAAGUUCAAGGCGAGAUCCGAGAACAACUUGGCAGCAAUAAGGCGAGAAUCACCGAGGAAGAUAUCGAUAAAGUUCCUUACUUGAAGAUGGUAAUCAAAGAAACAUUCAGGUUACACCCGGCAGCUCCUCUUAUACUUCCAAGAGAAACAAUGGCUCACAUCAAAGUUCAAGGGUAUGAUAUUCCUCCCAAGAGGCGGAUCUUGGUCAAUGUUUCGGCUAUCGGAAGAGAUCCCAAACUCUGGACAAACCCGGAAGAGUUUGACCCUGAGAGGUUUAUGGAUAGCUCUGUUGAUUAUAGGGGACAACAUUACGAGCUCUUACCAUUUGGGUCCGGUCGAAGGAUAUGUCCCGGGAUGCCAAUGGGGAUUGCUGCCGUCGAAUUGGGACUCUUGAACUUACUUUACUUCUUCGAUUGGAAGUUGCCUGAUGGGAUGACACAUAAAGAUAUUGAUACUGAAGAAGCUGGUACUCUUACAAUCGUCAAGAAAGUACCUCUCCAGCUCGUUCCAGUUCGAGUUCAGUGAUCAGACCAAACUCCAAACGGUUUGGACCAAACCUUUUGAAUAAAUAUAUCAUGCAAAUCAUGUAAGCUUCUCUGAUGAUGUAUGAAGUAUAUUUUUCAGUAAAAUACUAAAUUGAACGUUCAUUUGCGUUUGAGGAAUGUAAUUAACGUUUACGAACCUUACAUGUUCCGGUUCUGAUUCAUCAAAAUUCAUUAAAGCUUGUCAAGAUGAUCGACAAAAACAUUCGAAGCCGGCUUAACACGCUCAAGAGUGGGUGCAUAUCAAAAUACGAAGUAGCAUAGUACUUUGGUUUGAAACAAGAAGAAAUCAAGGGUAGAACCAUUUAUUCUCUUGUAAAUUUUAUGAAAAGUUUUUACAUUUAUUUAUAACAUCCAG